CUUCAGCGCAGGUUCCAGCCCUCCACCGCCACCCGAGUUGCAGGAUGUCGAUGACAGACUUUCUCAACGCUGAGGACAUCACGAAGGCAGUGGGGGCCUUUACCGCUGUCGACUCCUUCGACCACAAAAAAUUCUUCCAAAUGGUCGGACUGAAGAAAAAGAGCCCAGAUGACGUGAAGAAGGUAUUCCACAUCCUGGAUAAAGACGAGAGCGGCUUCAUCGAGGAGGAGGAACUGGGAUCCUUUCUGAAAGCCUUCUCCCCAGAUGCCAGAGACCUAUCUGCUAAGGAAGUCAAGACACUGCUGGCUGCUGGAGACAAGGAUGGGGAUGACAAGAUUGGGGUCGAUGAAUUCUCUGCUCUGGUGGCUGAAAGCUAAGAGGCUCUGACUGCCCAGGUCUUGUCCUUCUCUGCCCCAAACACCCGAUCUCAGCCCCACUUGCUGCCCUCCUGCCUUUCUGUUCAGUUUGUUUAUGCUAUUUUUACUACCCCUGUCCCUUGUGGCCCUUGAAGGACACCAUUCUUCUGGAAAAUGAUGGAGAAACAAUAAAGGCUGUACCAAUCAGA